AUGGCUUCCACUUCCGAUGCCUGGGCCGCCAAGAUGUCUGUAGAAGACUUGGUCAAGGGGGCAUCCUUCAAGGUCAGGGUGACACAGAUUCGAGAACGCCAGAUGCUCAAGGAGUCCGAGACGAACGGGGAAUGGCUCACGGAGGAAAAAAUGAACAAAUCGGGUGAAUACAGCAAGCAGACCAUCAAGUCGAUCAUUGCAUUCUGUGAGCGAUUUCCACAGAUCUUGACGAAAUGGAAGUACGACAACAGUGUAACGGAGUACUUCGUUGAGAUUUCGACAAAACAGACCAUCAAGCACAGCGAGCUGCUGAAACGCAUCGAGAACAUGGAUCUUGGAGAUGCCCAGCUGCAUUGGGACGGCGAACAAAAUCCUGGCGACAUGCCGAUGUCCCUGGAUGCACCUGCUAUGGUGGACGAAAGCAAUGCACAGCCGAAGCCAGAGCAGGUGGGAGACAAGGCCAUGGAAGUUUCAGAUUAA